AUGGCCGACAGUGAAGGGGAUUUGGUUAUAAACAAAAGAUUUGUGACAGAAUCUGAAUUGGAGGAAAGAAGAAAGAAAAGACAAGAAGAAUGGGAGAAGGUGCGGAAACCUGAAGAUCCAGAAGAAUGUCCAGAGGAAGUGUAUGACCCUCGCUCUUUAUAUGAAAAGCUACAGGAACAGAAGGAGAAGAAACAGCAAGAAUACGAAGAACAGUUUAAAUUCAAAAAUAUGGUGCGAGGCUUAGAUGAAGAAGAAACAAAGUUUCUGGAUGAAGUUUCAAGAAAACAGGAAAUGUUGGAAAAGGAGAGAAGAGAAGAAGAAAUGAAGGAAUUAAAUGAAUUUCGAAUAUCCUUUGACUUUUUGCAGCUGAUCUUUCAAAAGAAGAAGGAGCCUGAGAAGAAGACAGUGGCAAAACCUCCUGACAACAAGAAGCUCUCUCAGUCGAAGCUGCUGGCAGGAGCAGUGCGGCAUAGAAGGUUGGAGCUAACGAAUACAUAUACAGUCAGGUCCAUAAAUAUUGGGACAUCGACACAAUUCUAA